AAUGUGAAGCUAGAGGUCCUGAAAGAUUACAGUGCGGAAAAGUUGUUUGCAUUUUUGACGGAAAAAUCACCCCUUCCGAAAUUAAAAAAAAAGUGAAAGAGUAACAGUUGUAGUAAGGUUGCAUUAACUCUAAUAGCGAGAAGUUAAUGACAACCUGCAUUGUUGAAAAUAACUGACAUGAACAAGUGGUUGCAUUAAUAGUUACAUUGUGUCAGACAUUGUAUCACUAGAGAACUUCAGUGAUAGCUACAACUGGCAAAGUACAGCAACAGUUUCAUUUCAGUCUGUAGUGAUUUAUUGUUCAAUUCCUGUUGAAGAUAUAUUCGGAGGGAGUGUUUCCCCAUUCAUUUAUAGUAACGGAGCUGCUGACGCGUUGGACAGACCAUGGCUGAGACGCCUCUGAUGCUGAGUGUGGGGCUGGUCGAAAAAGACACAAAUGGUGAUGCACUGUGGGUGUGGUGCUAUCCUACUGUCACAACAGAAUUCCGUGAGCUGCUUUUGAGGAAAUGCUGCCUUUCUGAUGAAAAUGAUGUUCUUCACACCUUUGUCUUUGGCCAGUUCAAAAGAACCUGGUAUUAUAUCACAACCACACAAGUCCAGGAUCCCACUACAUUGUCAAAGGUGACCCAUUUUUCUAUUGUUCUGACUGCCAAAGACUUUAACCCUGAGAAAUAUGCAUCAUUUGGGAGAGUAUUAUGUAGGAUAUACAUGAAAUAUGGUAGCCCAGCCAAAAUGAUGGAAGGUUACAUUUCUGUUCUUACUAAUGGCAUCUGUCAAAGCGAAGAGAAUGGAUCAUUUCUUAUGAAGGAUUAUGAUGCAAGAAAAGCAUACCUUGCUGGAUCCAUUAAAGAUGUAGUAAAUCAGUUUGGAAUGGAAACUAUUAUCCUGUAUACUGCACUUCUGUUGAAGAAAAGAAUUGUGGUCUACCACCCACGCAUAGAAGCAUUGCAGGAGUUUACCAGGACCUUGCCUACAUUAGCUUGGCAUAGGCAGGAUUGGUCAAUACUUCAUCCUUAUGUGCAUUUAAAUCAAAAUGAACUAGAGGCCUUGAAGACUUGUGCUGGCUAUGUAGCUGGUUUCACAGACUUAAAGGUGACUGACCGCCUAGACAUCUACGAUGUGUUUGUGAACCUGGUGGAAAGUGAGAUCGUUGUUGCCCCACAUGCUCAAGAAUCAAUGACAAUGGGUAAACUGCACAAGGACAUUGGGCAAUUCAUUGUUCAAUCAGCUAAUGACCCAGAGAAAUCAGAUGGUCAAGUGAUUAAGGACAUUUCACAGAAAACAAAAGAAAUUUUGGCUAACUUAGCCUCACUGGCACCAGACGAAGGGGGAAAACCCAAGAUCACUCUGGAGAUUCUAAAGGAGCGCCAUUUUCCACCUGCAAUUGAGACCUUCCUCUAUCACGUAGCAGCUGCAGAGCAAAUGCUUCAGAUCUGACUCUUGCUAUUUACAGUGGGAAACCUUUCAUGUAGUCGACCAAGGUGAAUUCUUAGACAAUAUUCAGCUUAAAAGCUGCUUUGGGCAAAUGAAUAAAUGAUUAAAAUUGAACUGGCGCACAGCACAUUACUUGCUGUCUUUUCAGUAAUUGGCCCAUCAAUUAAAUGAAUGUGUAUAUAUAGACUUGCAUAUUAAAGAAUCACCUUACUAAAUCUUUAGUGAAGGAAUCCAUGUGCAAGUCCACAUUAUUCUUCACAAGUUAUGUACUUAACUAGAAAAAACACAGUAAAAAUGAAUACUGCAUUAACACCUCGAGUACACUUCAAAAUUCAAUAUGACCAGUAUGUUUAUUAGCUUAUUUCACUGCUUUUUUAUGUUUGGGUUGUCAAAACUGAUUUUCUAUGAAGUGAUGUUUAGGGUUUAUUGGCCCUCUUCAGAAACAACCUGCACUGAUUACAGGGUUCCACCAUGGGAAGUUUAUCCCGAUCCUUUCUGUGUGAGAGUACCUUUAACACAUGGCAGUGAUUUAGCAAAGUUCCUAAGUUUAUAAGAUAUAGGAGCACAAUUAGGCCAAACAGCCCAUCAAGUCUGGUCCACCAUUCGAUCAAGGCUGAUCUGCUGAUCAUUCCCAUUUUCCUGCCUUCUCUCCAUAUCCCUUCAAUCCAUUACCAAAUAAACAUCUGUCUAAUCUGUCUCUUCCUUAAAUAUAUUCACUGUCCCACAUCCACCACACUUUGGAGUAGUGAAUUCCACAGUGACUCAAGGGUAAUCAGGAAAAUAAAUGCUGGCCUUGCUAACAAUGCUCGAGAAUUUAUAACUAACCUUAUGUAAAGUUCGGUGUGUAUUGUGAACAUAGCAAUUGCUACAUUCCAGAUAGUUUUCAUUCUGAUGAUUUUAUGGUUGGUUCACAUAUUUCAUUGACUUGAUUUGUAUUUUUCUUCUUUCUAAUGGUCAUCUUCUACUUGUUAUUCAGCAACCAUAUUCCUCAAGCCUUUCUUUCAACCCACUGAAUCCCACUAGCAAAUAUUCUACCUAAUCUCACAACAGAAAAAUAAAUUCUCAAAACACACUCCCA